AGCCGGGAUCUUUCUCUCCGUUUCUCUCUGCGUUGUGAUUGAUUGGAGGAGGUCAUAGGCUGGCACCCCCAUCGUGUUUCCAGCCGCUCACGCUCCACAUGAUUGGUCCGCCUCCUUCAGCCGCAGCCACCAGAAGCGCCUCCUCUCAUAAACCUCGUCAGAGCGCAGCAACGUUUCCCAUUUAGACUUCCAGGAGAAGCAGCGGCUCACUAUUGCGGACUUUGCGUGCGACUUAUGGCACACAACUAACUAACAGGGUAGACUACUCCCUAACUAUUUUUAUUAACCCCUACGGUGUAUGGAAAGUGCUCCUGGAUGGACCUGGGCGAAAACAGCUGGUCCAUGGUGAAGCGAGAAGUAUCCAGCAGCCCAGGGUCACCGGCUGAACAGACCUACCUGCCCGGUGACAGCAGGAGGGACGGUCCCACCCCGGAUGAGCUGAGGACACCGGCGCCUCCGAGCGACCUUGACGCACUGGGGCACCGCCGCUCCGACGGCAGAUCACUACACUCCUACGUUCACUUCGGACACCAUAACAACACCCUGACCACCGAGGACAUCCCGCUGUUUACGGAUUUAGACCAGGGCAGCAAACUCGUCCUCUCCAGCGGGGCGCACAAGGCGAGCUUACUGGUGGACCCGUCCGACAUGUACCAAACACUGGCCAUCGCCGCAGCCCAGAGCCAGACUGGAUAUGAUUCCUCCUCUGGCGGUUAUAUGCACUCCAACCCCAACUCUCCCGUGUAUGUGCCCAGCUCCCGGGUGGGCUCCAUGAUACCCAGCCUCUCUUAUCUGCAAGCCAGCGGCUCUGCGCAGCCAAGCCACGGCGUCUCCAGCCACUCGGUCUGGUCGCAGUCCACCCCGGAGAGCCCUUCGUACAGCACCGGGAGCCCGCACACCUCCAGCCGGUUCCACUACCCUCCAAGCCCGCCCAUGAAUAACGGGACGCCCAGGGACACCGGCUACAGUAACACGCUGAAUGUGAGCAGCAGAGACCAGUACGGCCUCUCUCGGCCCCUAAACGGGGCCUACCCGAGUCCAUACUCUCCUUAUGUGGCGCCACAGCUGUCCCAGCUGCCCUCGCCUUGGACCGGGGGACCUUUUGAUAACACGAUGCUGCACACCUUGCAGACCAGAGGUGCGCCCUUGCUUCGAGGACCAAAUGGAGUUUCAGAUAUUCUGGACGACAUGGCGGAGAGCAGAGAGUGCGUCAACUGCGGCUCCAUCUCCACGCCGCUCUGGAGGCGCGACGGCACGGGCCACUUUCUCUGCAACGCCUGCGGCCUUUACAGCAAAAUGAAUGGGCUGAGCCGACCAUUAAUUAAACCACAGAAACGGACGUCAACGUCCAGAAGGAUCGGCCUGUCCUGCGCUAACUGUCAAACCAGCACGACCACUUUGUGGCGCAGAAACGCGGAGGGAGAGCCGGUGUGUAACGCAUGCGGACUCUACACAAAAUUACACGGGGUACCUCGGCCGCUCGCCAUGAAGAAAGAGGGAAUCCAGACAAGAAAAAGAAAACCGAAAACCUUGAAUAAAACGAAGGGGUCCUCUGGAAAUAACAACGCUGUCUCUAUGACUCCCACGUCCACCUCUUCAUCCAACUCUGAGGACUGCUCGAAAACCAGCUCUCCCUCCGCGCAGGUGUCAGGGGUCAGUUCAUCUGUGCUGUCUAGCUCGGGGGAGGGAACAGGCUCUGGAUCUGCGGUGAAGUACCCGGGACAGGAUGGCCUGUACACCAGCGUGGGUCUGUCCCAGCCUUCAGAUGUAGCUUCAGUGAGGGGUGAAGCCUGGUGCCCCAUGGCUUUAGCUUGAACAUCUAAAUCUUUGAGAGGACAGCAUUUCCCUGGACCCUCUGUCUGGAUGUAUAUAGUGUGGAAGUAUUCGGGGCAGUGUUUGUUUCCUUCCUCACAGCUGAUGCAAGAAGAGUCAGACAGUCAGAGGGAAAAGAAGGGUGACCUUCAGUCACACUGCAAGCUUGAACCGAGUGUGGAAUAUCUGGGUUUCAGAUUGGUGUGGGGGAUCUUGUUGCCUUAAAAAAACACAAAGGGAAACUCCUGGGACGAGGCCAGAUGAUCAAUCAGGUGGCCGGGCUGUGGAUGGUUUCUGGACCUGUCAUGCACUCGAUAUCUCUCCCAUCCAUGGCACAGAACCAGAUGUUGGUUCUCAAAAGAAAGCCAUCGUGUACAUAAUGGAUUUCCUCUCUGAAGAAAAAGCUGUUGAUUGGAUCCCGGUGCUUCAUAAAGCGCUAUAUUCUAUAAGGACUUUAAGAUUUUUGUUUUUUUUUCUUUCCACAACUGGAAUCAUGCCACAAGUGCCAAGACAACUUUUAUGAAUCAAAAGAAAAAAAAAUAUUUAUAAAUCUUCCAUUGUUGAAAACAUGGCUAUGAUUGUUAAUAAAGAUAUCAAUAUAGAGUAGAAGUUAAA